AUGUGGCAUGUGCCUGGCGAGUUGCACGAGGCUUCACUGCACCGCAUGAGCCGUUUGAAGCACUGGCUCUUGUUGCUGCCGCCCCGUCCACUGCUGCAGCUGAAGGUGUUCUACACAGUCAGCUUAUUGAUUUACCUGGCCUUCAUACUGCACUGGCGAUUUAGCUUCAACUACGGCGUUGUCUACAAUCGCAAUGAUCAUUUUUCACGUGCGAUCGACUUACUGAAUUUUGUUACUCUGACAAUCGCUCACCUGGCAGUCGCCAUGGAGCUGAUCUGGACCGAUCGCACUGAUCAGAUUGAGCAGCAGCUGGAACGAAUGCGCUACUUACUACGCGUACAGUUUGGCCACAAGGUGAACAUAGUGCGAGUGUGCCGCUACUGCAAGGCCAUCUGCUGGCUUUGGCUGACAUGCUGCCUAGUCCAAUUGCUGAUGACCAUAUACAACAAUCUCACCACGAACAUGUCGAGAUUGCUCGUCUACGCCUUUUACUCUGAAGUUGUGCUGAUGUUGCGCCUCAGCGAGUUUUCUGUAUUUGCGGUGUUGAUCUUGGCCUUCUACAUGGAGCUGGCUGAGGUCAGCUGCAGGCUGAUGCUGGAGUUGGACAAGACGCGGUAUGAGGUGUGGUCCCUACGCUGCUUAUCGCUGGAGCGUCUGUACGUGCUGCAGCACCUGCACGGGCUGCUCUGGAGCACAGUACGCCUCAUUGAGCGCAACUUUGCACUGAGUCUGAUAAUUGUGCUGCUGAAGUAUUUGGUGGACAUCUCCGUCUUGCCCUAUUGGAUGUUUGUCAACAACUAUAACCACGUGGAUAUGGCCACUACAUACUAUUGUGCAACUGAAGAGUUUUGCAAGCUGCUGUUCACCUUCCUUCCCAGCUACAUUUGCACGAGAUGCGAACUGCUGCAGCGCAAGCUUCGCUCUAUUUUGCACGGCCUGGCUACAGAUCGCCAGAAUGCGCAGCUAAAUACAGCUCUAUAUCGCAUCUCGGCCCAACUGGGUCAGGAGAGCUUCGCCUUUAGCGCUGGCGGCUUGCUGGUAAUCAAUAAUGAGAUGCUGGGCAAGUUUGUCUUUGGCAUGAUUGGCUAUAUAAUCAUAUGCAUACAAUUUCGAUUGGCACUAAUAGACAACAGCCCGGAGGAAGCCGUACAGAAUUUUGUUACUGACGCGCAGCGGAGCUAA